GUGUGUGUGUGUGUGUGUGUAUUAUUAUUAUUAUUAUUAUUUUUAUUCUUAUUAUUCCAGGAGCAAAGUUUUGAAUGUUCUUCCCAUGGUCAGGUGGGUUUUCUGUAGAUGCUCAAGUUUCCUCCCACAGUGCAGAUUAAUUGGUGGCUGUAAAUUGUCCUCGUAGGGUGUGUGAGCGAAUGAAUGUGUGUGACUGCCCUGUGUUUAUCUGCAUCCUGGGUGUACCCUGCCGCACACCUUAUGUUUCCAUGAUAGACUUUAGACCACCACAAUUAUGCAUUUUGUACAAAUGAAUGAAUGAAUGAAUGAAUGAUGACUGAAUGGUGAUCUUGGAGACUGGGUUGCACCCGCUUCAUUACACACCCUGCCUGUAAAUAAUGCUUAUUACAUUUUAUUUUUCCACUGCAAUAGCUUUGGCAUCAAGUCGGUUGCGGACCUAAAAACACAGAAAACUACUACCCCCAGAAGACCCGCGAAGGACCCUGCAACGUCAUCACGGCGCGUGUUGCCUUCAGCGAAGACGUCAUCGUUAGUCGAAGGUGAAAACGGCGGCUCCGCACGUCCCACGUGACCCGACGUUCGAACCAUUCAAAGUCACGCAUAAUUGGUGUGCGCAAACCUGUUGACGGUGGGCGGGACAAAUGUCACGGAUUCCAUCUAAUACGUUCUGAUUAAUGGGUUCCGCUGGCAUGAUGUUUUCGCUACUGAUGUUUUUGUAUGUAAAGAGUCACACUGUAGGUGCAGAAAUAAAAAUAUCUGACGAAAGAGAGCGGUUAUUGAGGCGGCUCGGGGAGGCUAGGUCCGCCAUAAUGUGAGUGCGCAUGCGCACGCAGGUUUUGCGCCAGCUCGUUCGAGGGACGCGGCUCGCGCUGUCGCUACCGAGAAGCGGUUUGUUUCCCCCCCCCCCUUCUCACUACAACAAAAAGGCAGUCCGUUUCCUGCCGGUUCGUUUCGGCCCCUCAUCACCGCUCCGGGCCCCGCCGCUCACCGCAUGACGGAGGCGCCAUGCCGGGAGGCGAGGGUCCCGCCGCUUCGCUCAGCUGCCCAUCGCAUCGACCGGCCACGGCCGCCGGACGAGCGGCGGCCGCCAUAGGAUACUAGACUAGGCCUCGGUGGGACCGUCGACUGGACGCGACCUCCCCGGAGGACUGAGGUCGGAGCGACAGGAGACCGUUAGCCUAUAGCCGCCAUCCAGGAGCUGUUGUCUCUUCGUCGAGAAAGCCUGAAGGGGCUUUGCCGAGAGAACGGAGCGGCCGGCGGACGCCGUAGUCGAUGUGGGACACGAUGGAGAGCGCGAGCGCGGGACUCGUGGAGAUCCAGUCGCUGCUCGCGCCGCCGCGCGCCGCCGCCCAGGGCGAGGAGGAGGAGGAGGAGGAAGAGGAUGAGGAGCAGCAGCGGCAGCAGCAGGGCGCGCGCGGGAGCCGCAGGUCAGACACGCGACCCCGGCGGAGCGGCAGGAUCGCAGCGCGCGAAAGUUGCGCGAGCUGCGGGGAAGGAGGCGACCUGCUGAGCUGCGACCGCUGCCCCGCCGCCUUCCACCUGCGCUGCUGCAACCCACCUCUGAGCGAAGAGAUGCUGCCCCCAGGGGACUGGAUGUGUCAUCGCUGUGUGGCGCGCAGGAAGAAGCGGGAGCAGAGGAAGGACCAGAUCAACGGCUUGUUGGAGUGUCGGAUGGUCAAGCAGCUAUCGCCCCCGGUGGCAGAGCUGGGUGCUGUGCGACUAGAGGGGGCAGGGCUACAGGCAGUGGCCCAGGUGCGCUUCUUGGAGCGGCCCGGCACACCGGCCUCCAGCACCUCUACUGACACGGCUACGCCCUCGGAGCCGAACGACGCAGACGAAGAGGACCUGCUGGACGCGGAGGACGAGGCCCCCGGCUCGGACCCAGAUGCUGACGCAGACGGUCCCGGGUCACACCUCAGGAGGCCUUUUGAGCUCCUCAUCGCUGCCGCCAUGGAGAGGAACCCCACACAGUUCCAGCUCCCUGGCAGCUUCACAUGCACAACCUCGCUUCCAGGAACCACUAAGCGGAGGAGGAAAGAGGAGGCAACGGGGAGGAACGUAAAGAGGAAAAAACGUGAGCUGGACCCCAAUGGGCUGGACCCAUUGCCAGUGAAGGUGUGCUUCUCCUGUGGCAGGGGCUGCAGGCUCGCCCCACUGAUCCAGUGUGACCUCUGCCCCCUCCUGUUCCACAUGGACUGCGUGGACCCCCCGAUGACAGCCAUGCCCACCAGCAGCUGGAGGUGCCCCAACCACAAAGAACACGUCUCGCUGAGCAAGGCGGACUCGACCCAAAGCAGUCGCUGCCAGCUAUUCGACCACUUCCAGGACAUGGUGUCGCAGAAUGCCAUCAAGUUGGACUUCCUGCAGCGAGCGUAUCAACGGCGCCCAUCAGACCUCGGCAGGGUGCAGCCUCACAGAACACGAGUGCUCAAGGUCCCUGAUGCUGUCAAGUGCCAAUACAAAUGUCCCUCGGCCCUAAACGCCCCCAUGGGAGUGCGCAGCGGAGAGCUCAUUUGUAACAGUGUAGAUGAGACAACCCAGCUGUCGUCUCCGCGCUGCACCAGCAAGGCAGAGCAGCGAGAGUGGCUGCAGGAUAUCGUUGCUCUCCAAUGCAGCAUCGUACAACAUUUAUCUGCCAAGCAGAUCACCCCCUUAGUUUCGGACUGUCACCAGGUCAGCCGGACCAAUGUCAAGCCUUGCGUGGACCCACAGGAGACUGGCUCUUUAUGUCCCCCAGAGGGGGCAGCGUCAGCAAUCUCCUACCCCAAGCCCUGUCAUACCCCUGCUAGUCCCCAGGGGGCCUCACUGCUGAACUCUCUUAGCCACUCUGAAGAGCCAGAAAGAAGCUGCUGUUCACCUGUGGAGACAUCCUGUUUGCCAAGCGGAAGCCCGAACAGACCCCUGGGGUGCAGCAGGGACCCUGACGUCAGGCACCCGCAGGAGCUGCAGCAGAGACUGGCUUCUCCAGCCAGUAGUUUGGUGAAGAUGGAAAACGAAGCUGCUGGCACCCCCUGUCUGGCUCGAGGGCAAACUUGUGUGCUAAGCAGUCGCAGUGUUUCCUCGCCAACUGUGGCGACCUGCACCCUCGCCCCACCCAGAGCCACCCAAGACAGCAGUACAUCUGCCAAGCCUCGUUCCUCAACAUGUGCUGCAGGUAGAGUGGUGGGCUUGUGCGGCAUGUCUCCCAGUGGAGAGUCCUCGUUCCCAGGCCUGCUUUCCUCACACGCAGGGCGCAUCGGCAGCUGUGUGAAGGCAGUAGUCGACGGAGACGGGGAUGUGGAGCUCAGCCAGCUGGAUGAGCGCUUUGUUCGUCUUUUGGCCUGGCAGAGGAUCCAGCAGCUUUUCCACAACAAAGGCAGCCCUGCUCUGGAUGGCUGUGCAAGAGUGCCCUCAACCCCACAAGCUGCAGUGCAAAGGUCCCAGGUACGAGCACGAGCAGCCUUCUACCCCCUCACUGGGAAAGGAGGCGCUGUCAACAUGUGCUACAGGACGCUCUACAUUGGAACAGGUGCCGAUAUGGACGUGUGUCUAACAAACUACGGCCACUGUAACUACGUGUCAGGAAAACACGCGUGCAUCUUCUACGAUGAGAACACAAAGCAUUACGAACUGCUGAACUACAGCGAGCACGGGACAAUGGUGGACAACGUUCUGUACUCCUGCGAUUUCUCGGAGAAGACGAGCCCAGGCCACUCCAGCAGCGUGGUCACCAAAGUACAGAACAUAAUCAGGCGCUGUAGGGAGCAGGAGGUGGAGCUGGAAGCAGGCGGUGCCAUGAGCACAGGGACGGAACCGGCGAAGCCCAGGGGGGUGACGAGCGGCUGGCCCCAGAGCGGACUCCAAGGCAGUCCGUGGACCCCGUGCAACUGCAAGGCUAGCGGUUCCAGCCGGCUUUUUGAUGGAGGGGCGGGGUGGGAGGGCACAGCUCUGCUGCACCACGGCAGCUGUGUCAAGGUGGGCUGUUUGCAGUUUGUGUUCAGCGUGGUGGAGUUUGCCCCAAAACCCCCCGGGAAGGACGGUCGCAACAGAGAGACGCGGGAUACUGCCGAGUCGCUUGAGCUCCACCAGCCUCCCGCCCUCCUCUCUGGCAACAGUUUUCAAUGACUUUGACCUUGUACAAUUAUUUUUGUUUUUUUUUUUUUUUUUUAUAGCAUUCAUAGGAAAGUAUUGCAUGAAGUCAAUUAUUUUGAGGCUCAAAUGUCCUGGGAUAGUUGC